AUGGCAAGCACAGAAUCACUUGCAGAAGUAACAGAUGUUAUACAAAUUCUACGACAAUGGGAGGAAGAACAUAGCAUGCCAAACUAUGAUCCUAUUCCUGUCCUUCAGAGAUUAGCAGAUAUAAUAGAACUCGAGACAGAAAAUUAUAUGAAGAUGGAUCCAGAUCCGUUUGAUGAAAGACAUCCAUCACGUACUGAUCCAGAAUGUAAUUUUGGUCAUAUAUUGAAGGUUUUGUUUAGAAAGGAUAAUUUUAUGACAAAGUUAAUAAACGAUUAUCUGAGAGACACAUAUUGGUCUCGAGCAGGAGUAAAUGGGAGAGAUGUUAGAAAGCUAAAUAUCGCCGCCUGUCGUUUAAUGUUAGACAUUCUCCCAGGUUUAGAAACCUCAGCAGUAUUUCAGCCAGACAUGGAAGGUCUUAUCCAUAGAUUAUUUUCCUGGGCGGAAAAAAGCAUUGAACCGUUACAAAGCUAUUCGACUGGUCUUUUGGCCGCCGCGAUGGAAGUGCAAGACAUCGCUACGGGAUUCCGAGAUCAAAACGCUAAAAUGGUACCGUUGAUGUUGCAACGAUUACACAAAUUGCAGCAAAAAGCGCACGAGGACCGUCAGCAAAAAGCUCAUGAGGAUCGUCAGAAGAAUGCCAGGCCAUUUGCCCAUUUUGGACAGGACAGAAACAGCAUCAUUGAUUGCAGUGACAAAGAUAUUGUUUCUGAAAAGUAUAAAAUGCGAGACAAAUGGCAGAAAAAUGGAAUUAUGAAAAAUCAAGAUUCACCUUCUUCUGAUUCCGAGAAUGAUUUUAGCGACAUACCGGCCGCAAAGAAGAGGAGAAGCAACUCUGGUUGUGAAACACCUGUGAAGAACAAUGAACUGUAUCCCGAGAUUAUGUCACCACCUCAAUCGGUUCCUAAGAUUCUAAGCAACUCCAUUAACUUGCAGUUGACACCGGCCAAACAGCAGAGUAGUUUGCAGUUUAGAUUAAGACAGUCCAGCCUGUCUCAAAGUUUCAAUGCACAUUCAACAUUACUGGAGGGAAACUCAAAUUCUUCUUGGGCCGAGAUGGAGUCUUACGUUAUCGGCAAUGUUCAGAUGUACCCGCCCACUAUCGCGACUCGGCAAAUGUUGAUCCUGCGAUACUUGACGCCAAUGGGCGAAUACCAGGAGUUCCUUGGUCACGUGUUUGAGCAUAACGCCCUUGACUUGAUACUUAAGUACAUAAACGUGCGCGAGACCAAGGACAGUCGGCUCGCCUUUGAGGCACUCAAGUAUCUCGCAUCUCUGUUGUGUCACAAGAAGUUUUCCAUUGAGUUCCUGAACGUCGGCGGUCUGCAAAGACUGUUAGACGUGCCGCGGCCGAGCGUUGCCGCGACAGGUGUAUCUAUAUGUCUCUAUUAUCUUGCGUACUGUGAGGAUGCUAUGGAGCGAGUGUGUUUGCUAUCGAAACACAUAAUAUCCGACCUUGUGACUUACGCAUUGUGGUUGUUGGAACGCAGCCACGAUUCCGGACGAUGUCACGCGACCAUGUUCUUUGGUUUUUCUUUUCCAUUUAAAGUUAUAUUGGAAGAGUUCGAUGCACAGGAUGGCUUGAGAAAAUUGUUUAAUGUGAUAUCCACUUUACCAAUUCUAAAUAUUGAGGAAGAGCCGACUAUAAAUGAUGAUGAGGAAUGUGCAUCAAGACAAAUUGUACGACAUGUUGCCGUUGCUUUGAAGAGAUACAUGGAGGCGCAUUUGCAUUUAAAAGCGGAACAAUUGCAACGUGCAGAAAACGUUAGAGCUGAUCGCGACACAUGGCAACCUUCAUUACCACCUUACAAGGCAUGUAAGUUUAACAGUGAGGAAGUUCAGGCAAAGGUGGAGAUACUCCAAGAAUUAAUGUCAGUUAGAGCGAUAUGGCCACCAGUGGAGGAGCUUCAUCGUUUAGGUGGUAUCACAUUGCUUUUGCAAAUUAUAGCUUUUGCUCGUGAAUGGAAUUAUAGUGGACGAGUACACACUACUUCCAGCGCGGAAACGGUUCGAUCAUGUUUGGAUGUUAUUGCAAUUUGUUCCGUUGUACCAAAAGUUAUGUUGCUACUAUGCGAGAGAGUUGACAUGCCAGACAUGUCAAUGACAAUGGCAAUUAAUCUUUUGCUAGCGGCAGCCGAAUGCGAAAUUAUUGCAGAUGCUGAUGUACAAAGAGCGGCGCUUAGAGCUGUAAUUAAUUGCGUGUGUGCUCCCAUAAAUAGAAUUGGAGGAAACGUAGCUAGAUAUUCUAUAACUGGAUCUGCUAAGAAAAAAACAAAUAUUCACAACAGUGAGGAAUUAAUACAAAAAGUAUGGGAAAGCGUUAGGUCAAACAAUGGAAUAAUGGUAUUGCUGCAAUUAAUGAUGGUAAAAACACCUAUUACUGAUGCCGACAGUAUACGAGCAUUAGCGUGUCGCGCAUUAGCUGGACUAGCACGUAGUGAGAAAGUUCGGCAGAUUAUUAGCAAGUUACCAAUGUUCACAAAUGGGCAGAUUCAGUCACUCAUGAAAGAUCCUAUUUUACAAGAGAAACGGCAAGAACACGUUACCUUUCAAAAAUAUGCGCUUGAAUUAAUGGAAAGAGUGUCUGGUAAAGCAAAGCCAACGGGUGCAGAAUAUGAAAUUUCCUUAGUCAGUUUGCAUAGGGCAAAUGUUGUAGCGCAAACAAGAAUACAAUAUAAUGAACAGCAACUUAAUCAGUUAAUAUAUCAGCAUUUGAUGUCAAAGGGUUUGAUUGAGACGGCUAAUGUACUACAUAGAGAAGCAAAUUUGGAAUCGUCUGCAAUUAUGAGAUCUGUAACAACAUAUCAACCUUUUACAUACCGAAAUCCUUCAAAUGUGACUCCGAGAAAUAGUUUUUCUCCAGGUGCCCCUGUCAAUUUAUAUAAUACAAGUAGAUGUGCACAAAGAGAAACUUGUAGAAACAAUACUACUCCUACAUCAUCUCGAUUUAUAUCCCACACGGGUACAUGCACUGGUUCGUCAUCUGUGAACAAUAACAUUCGAUUGAAACUUGCCGAUUGCCUGAAUCAAAAUGUUAUUUCAAAUAAUGUAAAUCAGCCAAUUAAAUUACAAAUUAAUCAGAAAAAAUUGAUGCCAGAGAGGCAACCUCUAGUCAUUCCAACUAAUUAUCAAUUGAUGACACAAUCGACUAGCUGUAGAUCCUUACAAAAACAGAUUUUCAGAGAUCCCGGAAGCGGUGGAGGGCCUGGCAUAGCCACCUCCAACGUGUCCGUUACUCUUGAUUCUAUUAUUACAGAAUAUUUAACCAAUCAACAUGCUCUCUGUAAAAAUCCCAUGGUAACUUGUCCACAAUUUAAUCUUUUUGAGCCACAUAAGUGUCCAGAUCCAUGUACAAAGAAUUCUUCGCCGACAAAUGUGACUAUGAGAUUGGCAAGACGAGCUUUAGGAAUGGAUGGUAGAAGAUUAGAUAGAAGACAUAUUUAUAGUCGCUUUUGUCCCAUUAAAACCUUUCGGCCUACUGACGUAGGGGGGAUAUUUACUUGUUGUACCUUCUCGCCUUGCACACAAUAUCUCAUUUUGGGCACUCAUGCUGGAGACAUCAAAAUGUUCAAUGUCCAUACAGGGAUGGAAGAGGCAACUUAUCAGUGCCAUGAAUCAUAUGUGUGUCACAUGGAAUGUAAUCAACGUGGUAAUCUCUUGUUGACUUCUACCGCUUGGAGGAGUCCUAUGUCGGUACUCUGGGACAUAGGAACAUUCUUUGAAUGUAAGCUAUCCUUAGAGAAUGAGGAUUAUGUUGAAUUUAGCAAGUUACAAGAUAGAAUAAUUGGCACUCAAGGAGAGAGCGCGACGAUAUAUGACAUAGCAACUGGAAAAUUAUUAACGACCUUAACGCCAUCAAUUUCAAAUCAAUAUACUAAAAACCGAGCAACUUUUAGUAUGAAUGAUGAGUUAGUACUUAGCGAUGGCAUAUUAUGGGACGUUAAUUCAGGCAAAGAGAUUCAUAAAUUCGACAAAUUAAAUCAAACAUUAAACGGAGUUUUUCAUCCAAAUGGAACUGAAGUUGUAUCUAAUACUGAAGUAUGGGAUUUGAGAACGUUUCAUUUACUUAAAACAGUUCCCACUCUCGAUGAAAUGGAAGUGAUUUUUUCACCAGUUAAUAAUAUCAUAUAUGCAGUCUCUUUAGAUCAGGACAAUGAGAAUGAUUCUCAUUACGCGACUUCCUUCAAGACUCUAGACGCUUUAGAUUAUAGUAACAUUGCAACUUGCGACGUGAAAAGAGGAAUUUACGGUCUUGCUUGCAACAAAUAUGACACUCAAAUCGCCAUUGUGGAAAAUAUGGGCGAAUUCUCUAGCAUACAAGAGUCAUGCGUCAGACUGUACGACGUUGGAAGACGAAGAGACGACGAGGAUGAAGCUGAUGAGGAUGAUGAGGAAGACGAUCUUGAUGCCAGCGAAGAUGACGCGUCGGAUGAUAAUAAUGCAGAUGAUGGUGAUAAUGCAGAUGCUGGCGCAGAAGACGGCGACGAUAACGAUCAGAAUGACAGAGAAAAUAAUGAUGAUGACGACGGCGACGACGAGGACGGUGGAGAUGGAGACGAUUCCGGUGAUGAUAGUGCGGAUUAUGAUCCCAGCGUUGACAUUCAUAAUUUAACUGAUUAUUCUUUGUCGGACAUGGAUGAUGUAGAGAUAUUGUUUUCAUGAAUGUCAUGAAAAUAACUAAUUUUGCGCGCGCGUGCGCGCGCGCGCGCGCGCGUGUGUGUGUGUGUGUGUGUGUGCGUGCGCGCGCGUGCACUGAGGUACAUUGAUUCAUUGGGUAGUAGUAGACUAAGUUAUUACAUAUAUACACAUGUUUGUCUCUUAUUAUAAUAAUAAGCUAAACAUAUAUGUAUAUGUAGAUCAAUAAGUCAGGUUACUUCUAUGACCCAGUGAAUCAAUGCAUCUUAAUGUACAUGUAUGUAUAUUUAUAUGUACGUGAUGCGCAUACGCACACGCAUACACGUACACAUUUAUUUAUACACACACAUACAAAAUAAAUUAAAAAAAUUUUAUCAUGGUUAAUAGGAUAUCCUAAAUGUAUAUUUACAGCUAAUUUCUCUAAUUGUAAUUUGUAUGUUGGUUUCACAAAAAUGCAUACUUGUACUUUUUAAAUUACAAAUAUGUGAUUGUAAAUGAAUCUUCUAUUUGAUUAUUGAAUAAAAUGUUAUACGUUCUUUUUAAUCCUA